UGAAAGGCCCUGCGCGCUUUCCGCGCCAGCUUCAGCGUCAACCGGCGAGCCCUUGCGUCGCGUAGAAGCGAGGAUGGAGUGCGGCGACGAGGCGGCCAUUGAGAGGCACCGCGUCCACUUGCGCUCCGCCACGCUGCGCGAUUUUUUUUCCGUCGCACUACACCUGCUGCCCUUUUUUUUCGCGGUGGACGGGCCCGCCCCGGUUUUUUUUUUCUUCACGCCUGCCAUCCGCCAUUUUUUUUAGGGACUCGAAGUGUCAUUUUUUUUUCGCUGUCUACGGGGCGAGGAGGUGGCGGUGCCGCCUGGCCUCGUGGGAUACGUGAUGGUGACGGAAGAGAAGGAAGUGUCCAUGGUUUUUUUUGGCCCCUUGCGGGAUUCCGGGACUUUUUUUUAAGAAGAGUCGCCGCUGGAACGGUUUUUUGACCGCUUCAUUUUUUUUACUGCCAGCUUCAGCCACUUCACUUUUUUUUGUCUGGAGACCAUCCCUGGCCCGUUUUUUUUAGUGCGUGGGGCCCUA